GUUUUUCUUCCUUUUUAUAAAUUGCAAAUAAGUUUGUAUUUAUUUUAAAUUCUCUAUUGUCGAUUUUCUUCGGAGUCGGACACGGAUUUCCUCGGCCUAACCUGCCAACGCGUCGAGCGUGGAGUCCGGGACCUGGUGGCCUUUUUUCAUUUUCCACGAUGGGGAAAUCCUCGUCCCUUUUCUGCAUUUUAUUUGAAAAUACAAAUACAAAACCUCCAUAAACUAUCAAAGAGAUUAUUGAAACAAUGCGAAGAAGCGACCUACGCAAAGGCAAAAAUGCUCAAGGAUUUCCUCAGUGGGGAACUGAAUCGAGCCAUAGAUGCAGCUGAAAUUGAGUGUCGGGGUGGGUGACACAAUCACCAUUGAUGUGCAGCCGACUGAUACCUUCCAAGACCUUUCUGAACGACUUUUCAGCCUCGGGAACGUCAAGGUCGAUUUGAACCAACUGAGGUCUUCGAACAACGACAAGCCGUUUGAUAUGUCCACAAAUGUCAUCGAGUACUUCACAAGCAAGAGUCAGAAGGGCUCGGACAGCAAGGACGAGUUUAGGUUCAAGUCCCGUCUAUGCCGCCUCUGCAUGGAGCCAAUACCGCAGAACCCUUAUUUUCUAUUCGACUCCAAGGAGGACGAAGUGAUGCUAGCUGAAAAAGUCAAUGAGGCACUUCCCAUUCAUGUCACUGUAAAAGACGCUCUUCCAAAACAGAUAUGCUCUAACUGUGUUGUGUAUUUGAAUAAAAGUUAUGAUUUUAUGAAAAAAGUUUUAGAAGCACAAAAGGCUUUAGAAAAACUGUAUAAUGUUAAUGAACUUUUUAGGGAGACAAAAACGAACAGUUGCUGUCCACUUUGUUCGUACGGCAACAUGAAGAACCUUCACAAAAAGACAAACAACGGGCCUAAUCUCCCGAGGAAAGAAAACGUAGUUAAGAAAGAAGUUGUUAUCUCUGUACCAAGGAAUAUUGUCAGAAAAGACGGCCUCGGCCACAAUGCCAAAAUGUUUGAUAAUCUGGCCAACAUCGAACAUCAAGAAUACUUUUUUGAUGAUGAAGUCGUUACUGGAUAUUGGGACCCAGGCUCUCAGUCUUCUAUAGACGUUUACGGAAGUAAAAAAUACAGAAAGCGUAUCAAGUUGGAAGAUGAUGCUGAUUGGACCAUCGACGAGGAAUACGUUCCUGUGAAUAGAAGGGGAAGACCGAAAGGGACGAAAAACAAGCCCAAGGUCGUUCAACCGAUCGUGGAAAAGAGUUGUGCACUUUGCGGGUGGCUCGGCGCCGACACGGACAUAUUCGCACACGCUAUCAACCAACAUUGUCAACCUGACAUGGGCUACUUCCCAUGUCCCCUUUGUAAGACAAACCAGGUCAAUGAGAUGGUACUCGAAACUCAUAUCGACCGACACAACGUGGCCACGCACAAAAGCCUCGCCAAAGAUAAAUAAGGACAACCAAUUAUUAUGUAUAUUGGAUUUGAGACAGUAAUUAUUACACAAAGUUUGUAAAAAGAGAGAAAAAAAAAAGGAAUAGUUAUACAACAAAUUGUAAAA